AUGGUUAUGGAUGAGGUCAACCUCAAGAUUCUAUAUCCCGACGGAUGUGCGGAAAUCAAUGGAAAUUUACGCGCAGAUGAAUUAAGAAAACGUAUUAAUGACAUUAAUGCUGCCCUGCGAGAUAUGAUGCGUCAAGUCGGGAUUAGGGAUGAAACAGUUGUAGAAGAACCUGAUAAUCAACAUUCCGUCUCUCAAACGCAAAAUCCAAUAGAAUUAACUGGCCUCCUUUUGCAUUUAAUGUCUGAUCAAUUCACCCAUCAUCCAGAUGCUGACAUUCGUCUCCGUGUUUGUGCUGCCGUCUGUUACCUCCUUAAGCUAUUCUGUCCCACAAAUCCUUUUGAACUCCUCUCUGAUUCACAAAGUCGUAUGAAGGACGUUCUCUCCUUUUUAAAUGAAUGUCUUAUACAACUUGCUAGGCUGCAUAGUAAGCAUGAUGUAAAUUAUCCCCGACUUUUCGCAAUUGUAUAUACGUGCUGUAAAUUGGACGUAUUCACUUGGUGCCGUUUUAUCGACGAGGGUGAAAAAUAUCUUCUUGAUUGUUUGAAAACUCUUCUAACCAUCACAAAAAAUCUUUCAGUAUGGGCCUGGUCGGACGAAGAGACUGUGCAACAGUUUAUCCUCAACUCGCUUGUCACUUUAAUAAACCAAUGUAAAUCCCUCUUGAAUAACGAAAUUGUGGCUUAUUUGCUUUCUUUCCUUAUUGAGCCUGCUAAAAGCUCUCAACCAAUUCAACAUGCUUUAAUCAAGGAUUUAAUCGUCAGAUGUAAUACCCAACUAGAAUACCCUAUUCAAAUGCUGAUUCAAAACUCAUUGGUUUUGAGUGAUCAAAAGGCUGCCUCAUCUUCGGACAUGGAUGAGUCUGAAAAAGAUACUCCGCUACAAGAUCCUCUUGGUGAACACUCUUUCAUAAUUAUCUACGCUCUUCACACACUGCAAGAAAGUCUUAUUGCCCCUAUUCUUCCUUGUGUGGAGUUGAAGUUGAAAUCGAACAAUUCGAGAGAGAGAAAGAGAGCCUUUCGUCUUCUUACGCGAAUUUUCUCUGAACCUAACUCCUCCAUUCACCAUAAGAAUCCGGAGCUAUUUGCUACUUUUCUCUCGAGAUUCAAUGAUAUAGAUGCAGAAGUUAGGAGUUUUUGCAUCCAGAUGGUUCCCAUGAUGCUGAAACAGAAUCCUGAACUUCCGCGGUCUAAAUUAAUUGAUUGUCUCAAAGGGUGUACAAUUGAUAGAGUUGAAUCUGUUCGAUUACUAUCCCUCAAGAUGGUCUCCUCUCUGCGGCACGAAUCAAAAGAUAAGACUGAAGUGGACUCACUCUUUGACAUAAUCUACAAUCGGUAUAGGGAUCGGUCUCUUGCUGUUCGUAAAGAGGUGCUUGCGGAAUUGGCUGCUGUCUACAAGGAGAAUCUCCAAUCGUCUGAACCCAACACAGAAAAGAUGGUUCUAACUCUCAAUGCCAUUCUCCAAAUGUACUAUCAACCUUCUCUUGAUGACAAAAUCAUUGUGGAGCGACUAUUCAAGAGCUCAAUCGUGCCUUACAACUUUCCAACCAAGGAAAGAGUGAAGAGUCUCUUCACCUGUUAUCAGAUGGCUGAUGAUACAUCCAUUAAGGCCAUUCAGGAGCUUCUAAAAGUGCAAUUUAUGUAA